AAACCUAAUUAGUGUUUUUAUCGUUCAUCUUCUUCAAAACCUAGUUCCCUUUUGAUUGUGUUGUAUUUCAUCGACUUUGGGUUGCUAACCCUCGAAUUCGAACAAUCCCCACCGGCGCAGGGCAGCACUACUCCACUCGUCUUUACUUUCGCGGCGGCGAUUAUUGGAUACCCUCUUCUUUUCCGGUCACGCAGCACCGCCGCGAAUCAUAAUGGUCGAGUCAUCCUCUGUCGGAGGAGCGUCACUUCCUUCAGGUCCUGACGGUAAAAAACGCCGUGUCUCCUACUUCUAUGAACCUUCAAUCGGUGACUAUUAUUACGGCCAAGGUCACCCGAUGAAACCUCAUCGCAUCCGCAUGGCUCACAACCUCAUCGUGCAUUACUCUCUUCACCGUCGAAUGGAGAUCAUCCGUCCCUUUCCCGCCGGUCCAGAAGAUAUCCGACGGUUUCACUCCGAUGACUAUGUAGACUUUCUGGCCUCCGUCACACCCGAUACCCUUCACGACCACACACAUGCUCGUCACCUCAAGCGGUUCAACGUCGGCGAGGAUUGUCCGGUCUUUGACGGCAUUUUUGAGUUCUGCCAGGCGUCUGCCGGUGGAUCCAUAGGUGCCGCUGUUAAGCUUAACCGGCAAGACGCCGACAUUGCGGUGAAUUGGGCAGGAGGGUUGCAUCACGCCAAGAAGUCCGAAGCAUCAGGGUUUUGUUAUGUUAAUGAUAUCGUAUUGGGUAUUCUUGAGCUUCUCAAAGUCCAUAGGCGUGUAUUAUAUGUAGAUAUCGACAUCCACCAUGGAGAUGGGGUUGAAGAAGCUUUCUUCACCACUGACAGGGUGAUGACGGUCUCAUUUCAUAAAUUCGGGGACUUUUUUCCUGGUACAGGGCAUAUUAAAGACAUUGGUGCAAAUCAGGGAAAGUACUAUGCUCUAAAUGUUCCUUUGAAUGAUGGGAUGGAUGAUGAUAGCUUCCGUGGUUUAUUUAGACCGAUUGUUCAUAAAGUUAUGGAAGUUUAUCAGCCCGAUGCGGUGGUUCUUCAAUGUGGGGCGGAUUCAUUGGCGGGUGAUAGACUUGGGUGCUUUAAUUUGUCGGUGAAAGGUCAUGCAGAUUGUCUUAGGUAUCUUAGAUCAUUCAACGUUCCUCUAAUGGUUUUAGGUGGUGGUGGUUAUACAAUUCGUAAUGUGGCCCGGUGCUGGUGUUAUGAGACAGCAGUUGCGGUUGGGGUCGAGCCUGAAAAUAAACUGCCUUACAAUGAAUAUUUUGAGUAUUUUGGACCAGACUACACUCUUCAUGUUGAGCCAAGUCCUCUUGAGAACCAAAAUACUCCAAAAGAUUUGGAGAAAAUCAGGAACUUGCUGCUCGAGCAACUGUCGAGAUUACCACAUUCUCCUAGUGUGCCAUUUCAGAUAACGCCACCUAUCACGGAAGCCCCGGAGGAGGCCGAGGAGCCGAUGGAGAAACGACCAAAACCGCGCAUAUGGAGUGGCCAAGAAUACGAUUCUGAUGUUGAUGAAGAAGAAAAGCCUCGACGUCAAAGCUUUAACGCGAAUAUUCUUACAAGGGAUCAUGCAAGGGGUAACAUAAAGGAAGAAGAUAUGAUGGAUGGGGAUGAUGCUCCUUCAUGAGUGUCUUUUUGGAGUUUAGUGCUCUACAAAGAUGUGUUACAUUUGCUCUGAAUUAGAAAACUUAGAAGGGUAAAAUAGGCAAACAAAAAUGGUUAUAAUUGUAAAUUUUUGGUUCAACUAUCUGAGGAUGCAUUGCAUGCAUGGAUCAAAUGUAUAACUCUACACUUGUUUUUGGUUCUUGAAAAUUCAUGUUGUUAGCUUCCACAAUCAAGUAAAUCAAGACUUUGUCAUGUUCAAAAA